UCCAUGUUUUUACAUUUUCUAAUGUGUAGUGUCUAUUUUUACUUAGCAGUAGAUGUGUUGGCACUGGUAUAAUAUAUUGGCACUGGUAUUCUUGUAGUUUUUGUACAUGUACUUGCAGUUUUGCACUGUACAUGUAGCAUAUAUUUUACGUUAUUUUUACUGGGGCUUUCUGAACAUGGGCAGUGACUGUCUUUUGGGACUUAAAAAUUGUAGCACCUACCUAGAAAAAUGUUAGUCUGGUGCCGCGUCAACAUAGUCGUUGAGACUUUGUGUUUUUGAGAUAGAAUUUUUACCAUUUUACAAUUUAGGACUUACUAGGCCUUAGGCCUAUUGACUGCACUGUUUUAUUAUAGUUACUAACACUGUAUAGCAGUUGUGUGUCAUGAUCAUUUUGCUCAAUUUUAAGUUUAAGUGCCUCAUACUAAAUUAAAACAAUUAAAUUAAAUCACUAGGACAUGUUAUAGUACACAAAAACAUUCAGCUGUUUUCAUAACCCCAGCACUUGAGAAAACUCUUCUUAAUGUAUUUACAUUUUUGUAACUAGUAAAACAUUCUGAGUAGAAAAUUUAGUAUCAGUUAUGUUUUAUUCAUUUUUCACACAGAUAAUGCAAUAGAUAUAGAAGCCUUGGAGCUGUUAAGAGAAGAGGACAUUACACCGCUAAUUCCAAAAGUUGGGUUGCGAGUUAAGUUCUUGGCAAAGUGGAAAAAGCAAUUUGGACCUCGGGUAACAGCAAUACCAAUUCAGCUACCAAGGGAUAUGCUUGACUUUGGACCGGAAACGGCUUCUUUUGAUUGUCAGUCAAUGCUGAGUUCCAGUUCGGACUUCAGUGAAGUUGCACCUGUGUUAGGCACACCAGUAACAGGGGAUGUUUCCAGUGCAGCCUCUUUGUCAGACUCGGACAGUUGGGCUUCUUUUCCAUUGUCACAGAUGUCACCCCCACCCAUGAAAAGACAGAAGAGACUUUUGUUUGAUACCAAGAAGAUUCUUAGUGAAUCUCCAGAAGGAAAGAGUGUCACUCGGAGCAUCGAGCAAUCUGGAUUCUUGACGAAAAAAGUCAGGCAUCAACUAGUCAGGAUAUUAGUGAGCUACUUGAUUUCCCAUCAUGGAAAAAACCCUGGUGCAUUUGAAAAGAGUGCUCUGGCUGAGAGUGUGAUUGCUGCAUUCCCAAGCCUGAAAGACCCUCAAGGAAUCACAGGAUAUGAAGCCUUUUACACUAAAGGAUCCAAAGGAUGCCCUGCAGGUGGUUAUCUUGAAGAACACUUGCGUUAUGUGAGGAAAAUAUGA